UGUAUUGUUUUAUACCUGAAUUCCUCCAUUAAAAAAGCACCCUGGUUUACUGCAGACCCUGACUCUCUGAACUUAUUUCCCAACCUGCACCACGUCUUACCAUCCCUUCCGGAGAGCAGCAACACGUGGUGACAACUCGACGGUGUCCGGGGGACCCAGCGUAGCGUUGGGGCCGGCCACUGCAGAGGUUUAUGUUAUACCAUUACUACAGAGCACUGCUCCUCUUCAUCUGUCCUUCUCCUCAUCCACCUUCAAUGCUCCUCUUCAUCCACCCUCUGCACACCUCAUCCAUCCUCCCUCUGUGUUCCUCCUCAUUUACUCUCUGCUUUCCUCCUCAUCCGCUCUCCCUCUGCGCUCCUCCUCAUCCGCUCUCCCUCUGUGCUCCUCCUCAUCUGCCCUCUGUGCUCCUCCUCAUCCACCCAUUGCACUCCUCCUCAUCCGCUGUCCCUCUGCGCUCCUCCUCAUCCACCAUCCCUCUGCGCUCCUCCUCAUCCACCAUCCCUCUGCGCUCCUCCUCAUCCACCGUCCCUCUGCGCUCCUCCUCAUCCACCGUCCCUCUGCGCUCCUCCUCAUCCACCGUCCCUCUGCGCUCCUCCUCAUCCACCGUCCCUCUGCGCUCCUCCUCAUCCACCGUCCCUCUGCGCUCCUCCUCAUCCACCGUCCCUCUGCGCUCCUCCUCAUCCGCCGUCCCUCUGCGCUCCUCCUCAUCCGCCGUCCCUCUGCGCUCCUCCUCAUCCGCCGUCCCUCUGCGCUCCUCCUCAUCUGCCGUCCCUCUGCGCUCCUCCUCAUCCACCGUCACUCUGCACUCCUCCUCAUCCACCGUCCCUCUGCACUCCUCCUUAUCCACCGUCACUAUGCGCUCCUCCUGAUUCGCCCUCUGUGCUGUCCGUCAUCUUCCCUU